AUGAGAAUAAGCAGUGCUUUAAAAAAUAUUGCUAAAGAUAUUGUAGAUUAAUAGUUGCAAAACUAAUAUGCCUGGCAGAUAAAUGAGGAAAGUUGCUCUUACUUGGAUGAUAUUACUGCAUAAUUAAAAGAGGGAACUAGCUAAGAGAAAUCUAUUGCUAAAAUUUUAGAAUUAAUGAAGAAAGGUUCUAAAAUAAAAUAAGAUAAAGAUAAUAACAAUUUGCUGAUCGUAUUAGGAGUUACAGGAACUUGCAAAACAACAUUUUCUGCAUAUAUAUCUGGUUUAAACCUUUCAGUUAUUAGCGAAGAGUUUGGCGGAGAAGUAGAGCCUAAAUUAUAAUAUUCUGAUAUGAAAAAUCAAAUGUUUGGAGCUAUUGGGUUGUCUGAUACAGAGUCAGAAACAUUAUAACCUAACUUUUUUAAGUUGGAUAAUGAAACUAUAAUUGUUGACUGUCCUGGAUUACUAGAUAGCAGAGGUGUAGAAGUUGACAUAUCUAAUUCUUAUUGCCUUAAUAAAGCUAUUUGCUAUUCUUAAAAUAUUAAAUUCUUGAUAGUCUUGGAUGGAUAGUCCUUUCAAUAUUAAACUCCUGAAAAGGGUAAGAGUCUAAAAGAUAUUUUGGAAGCUACCUUUUUUUUAGCAUAAUCAACUAGUAUGGAUUUUUCAAAGAAUAUUGCUAUUGUUUUCACUAGAACAUAAGAGAAUGAAGCAUUUUAUAGAGAAAAAUUUGAUAAUUUAAUAAAUUAGUUGAUGGAAUCUUCAGAUUUUAAUUAUUAGAAUCUAAAAUAUUGUGAUAAAAAUAAGAUUUAAAAAUAUCUUUUGCAACUGCUCAAAGCAAAAAUAAUUUUAUUUCCUUUGCCUUAAAAGUAAGAGAUAGAUAAAGAAUUUUCGUAAUUUCAUUUGGAGAGUAUUUGUUAAAAAAUUAAAGAAAUUCAAUAUUACAAAAAACAAAAAUCAGAAAAUUUUCACUUUUAUAUGACAAAUUAAUCUCUAGAAAUUUUAUCUAAUAUUAGAGAUUGCUCAAGAUAAAUAGUUAAGAAACUAUUUGAGGAAAUAUGUGAAUACUUGAGUAAUUUUUUCAUAAAUUUGAAUGAAAAUUAAUUAGAUUAGUUUCCUCAAAUAGUAGAUAAUUACAAUUAUUAGUAUGAAACUAAUAAAAACAAGCUAAAUAAUAUCACCUAUUAUGAUUUGCUAUUAUAAUACCUUUUUUAACCAAUUAUAAAUUUAUAACUUAAUUAAUAUGAUUAAUCAUACACAAAAACAUUAAAGAAAUUGUAAUUUUUUUUAAGAGAAGUGUAUGACAAUUUAUUGGUAUAGUUCAAUUUUUUGUAAGAUAAAGAGGGUUACAAAAUUAACUUUGGAGUUAUUGAUUGCUAUGAAAUGUCUGAAGGAAUUCUUUUGCUGCAUAAAAGUUAUGAAAGGUAAAAAAUCAUAAUGAAAUAAUAAAGAUAAUAAAGAGAGCUAGAUAAUUAAAUUAUGAUUGAUGAAAAUGAAUAAAAUGUUUUGAAUUAAAUAAUACAAUCAAGUGAAAAGUAAAUUGAUUAAAAGAAGAAAUAAAUUAAUUAGCUAAAUAAUGAAGCCAAUCAAUUAAAUAUGGAGGAAAAAAUAAAAUAAGAACAAUUAUUAAUUUAGUAACAAUAAGAAGAAGAACAAAAGCAAAUUUUAGAUUCAAUUUAAUUUGCUAAUACUUAAAAAUAGAAUUAGCUUAAUAAUAUUGAAUAAAAUUUAAAAAAUGGGCAAAAGGAUUUAAGAAAAAUGGAGGAAGAAGUAGAUCGAAAAAUAUAAGAAGUAAGAAAUUAAAACGAAAACAGAAGAAAAUUGGAGAGAUAGUUAAUUGAGGCUUAGGCAAAAAAAUCAUCACCUAGAGUAUUAGGCACUAUAGGCUCUACAGUAAAAUACGGAGUAAUAGGAAGUUGCUUUGGCCCUGUUGGUGCUCUUGUAGGAGGAUUGUUUGGCUUAUUUUCACCAAAAAGAGGGUGUUCUAUAUUUUGA